AUGAUAAAGAACGUGCGUUCCAUACCAAGCGGGUUCUGCAACGCCUCGUCCAGAUGCCUGGUCAGAUCGUUUGUUUUCAAAAUCAAAAGCACUAUGCGCGGAACAGAAGAUAACAGCGCCAUGAGGUCGAGCAGAAGACCGUCGCUGGAAAUGGCGUUUUUCAUGGCCUCGAUCUCCUUUUCGCUUCGAGGAAUGGCAAUGUUACCAGACAAUGCGUGCUCAAAGUCGCGUCCCGUGAGAGCGGCCGCCAAAAGUGGAUACAACGAGUCGUCCUCAAUCUUGGAAAACCGUUUGCCCGUAGCAACAUGCACUUGGGCAAGCGAGGCCACACCAAUCGGUUUUGGAUCAAAUUCCUCGAAGUACUCGUCAAACUUCACUUGGAGGUCAUGCUCCACCAUUUGCUUCAGAUCCUCAAGCGAUGACUCCGGACACUCGGAUUGGAGAGGAACCAUCGUGCUUGUCCACUCAAGGGGUAACAGAUACGACAUAGCAGAAACGUGCUGGCCCAACUUGAUGUAA